AUGUCCUCAGUCUGCUUCCAGCCUGUGCAUUUACAUCAGAGCCGUCAAGUGAAAGCAAGUGAUUGUGGCUUGCAAGCUGAAUCGUAGCGUUAUUGUGUUUGGGAGGGGCUGGACGACUUGGGAACAUGUCACAAUUCAAGAGGACCACGUCCAGCCGGACGGCCAGGAUGAGCUCGGACGGCGGUGGCGGGCGGCCCCCCAAGGUGGGCUCCCUGGUGGAGGUAAUCGGCAAGGGUCAGCGCGGCACCGUGGCCUACAUGGGCGCUACCCUCUUUGCCUCGGGCAAGUGGGUGGGCGUCAUCCUGGACGAGGCCAAGGGCAAGAACGACGGCACCGUACAGGGCAAGCGCUACUUCACCUGCCAGGACGGCCACGGCAUUUUUGUCAGACAGUCACAGAUCCAACUAGUUGACGGCGGCGCCGACACCACGUCCCCGGAAACGCCCGAGCCCAGCGCCACCAAGGUGCCCAAGCGAGACAUUCUGGACACGUCCAAGUCCGCCAAACUGACCACAGCGAGACGGCCCAAGGCAAGCCGUCCCGCAGGCCCCGGCGGCAAGGCUCCGGUGUCGGGCUCGGCAUCGGGCUCGACCGGUGAGAUGAGCAGCAGUGAGGCCAGCACGCCGGCGCAGACGCCGCUGGCCGCCCCGGUCAUCCCCACGCUGCACUCGCCGGGGAACCCGCUGCCGCCCGUACCCAGCAAGGAGGAGGAGGCCUUGCACGCUCAAGUGAAGGACCUGGAGGAGAAGCUGGAGACCCUGAAACUGAAGCGGACCGAGGACAAGGCCAAGCUGAAGGAGCUGGAGAAGCACAAAAUCCAGCUGGAGCAGCUGCAGGAGUGGAGGAGCAAGAUGCAGGAGCAGCAGGCUGAGUUGCAGAAGCAACUCAAGGAAGCCAAGCGGGAGGCCAAGGAAGCCCUGGAGGCCAAGGAGCGCUACAUGGAGGAGAUGUCGGACACGGCCGACGCCAUCGAGAUGGCCACGCUGGACAAGGAGAUGGCCGAGGAGCGCGCCGAGUCCUUGCAGCUGGAGGUGGACUCCAUGAAGGAGAAGGUGGACGAGCUCACCAUGGACCUGGAGAUCCUCAAGCAUGAGAUCGAGGAGAAAGGUUCGGAUGGCGCUGCGUCCAGUUAUCACGUCAAACAGCUGGAGGAGCAAAACGGCAGAUUGAAGGAAGCUCUGGUCAGGAUGCGAGAUCUGUCAACGUCGGAGAAGCAGGAGCACGUGAAACUGCAGAAGCAAAUGGAGAAGAAGAACGUGGAGCUGGACGCUUUGAGGGCCCACAAGGAGAAGCUGCAAGAAGAAAUGGCGGCGGCUGAGAAGACCGUCGACGAGCUCAAAGAGCAGGUGGAUGCAGCUUUGGGAGCGGAGGAGAUGGUGGAGACCCUGACGGAGAGGAACUUGGAUCUGGAGGAGAAAGUGCGGGAGCUGAGGGAGACCGUUGGCGACCUGGAGGCCAUCAACGAGAUGAACGACGAGCUGCAGGAGAACGCUCGCGAGACGGAGCUAGAGCUGCGGGAGAUGCUGGACCUGAGCGGGACGCGCGUGCGAGAGGCCGACAAACGAGUGGAGGCGGCACAGGAGACGGUGGCCGACUACCAGCAGACCAUCAGCAAGUACCGCCAGCUCACUGCUCACCUGCAGGAAGUCAACCGAGAACUGACCAGCCAGCAGGAAGCUUCGGCCGAGCUCCAGCAGCAGCCGCCCGCUGAGAUGUUUGACUUCAAGAUCAAGUUUGCUGAGACAAAGGCCCACGCCAAGGCCGUGGAGAUGGAGCUGAGGAAGAUGGAGGUGGCGCAGGCCAACAGGCAUGUUGCCCUGCUCACCGCGUUCAUGCCAGAGUCCUUCCUGCGCCACGGAGGCGACCAUGACUGCAUCCUAGUGCUGCUGCUCAUCCCCAGACUCGUCUGCAAGGCAGAGCUGAUCAGCAAACAAGCACAAGAGAAGUUCGACCUGAAGGAGAACAGCGCCGAGCGAACGGGACUGCGAGGCUCAGCUGGCGAGCGGCUGAGCUUCGCCGGCGGUCUGGUCUACUCACUGAGCCUCCUGCAGGCCACUCUCCACAAAUACGAGCAAGCACUGUGCGAGUGCAACGUGGAGGUGUACAAGAAGAUCGGCUCGCUGUACUCGGAAAUGAGCGUCCACGAGCGCUCGCUGGACUUCCUCAUCGAGCUGCUUAGCAAGGACCAGCUGGACGAGACCGUCAACGUAGAGGCGCUCACCAAGGCCAUCAAGUACUACCAGCAACUGUACAGCAUCCACCUGGCGGAGCAGGAUGAGGAUUGCACCAUGCAGCUGGCCGACCACAUCAGAUUCACGCAGAGCGCGCUGGACUGCAUGUGGGUGGAGGCGGGCCGCCUGCGGGCCUUCCUGCACGCCGGCCAGGAGAAGGCCCAGCUGGCCGCACUGCUCAAGGACCUGGAGACGUCCUGUGGCGACGUGCAGCAGUUCUGCAAAAAGAUCCGACGACGCAUGCCCGGCACCGACGCACCCGGUAUCCCGUCGGCGCUCGCCUUCGGUCAGCAGGUGUCAGAGACGCUGCGCGAGUGCCGCAAGCAGCUGACAUGGACGGUGGCGCUGCUGCAGGAGGUGGCGGCGGCUGGCGCUCAGAUGAUGUCACCACUGGGCGAGCAGGAGGGGCUGGCGGCCGUCAAGCUGGAGGACGUGGCUUUCAAGGCCGCCGAGCAGAUUUAUGGCCGUCUGGGUGCCAACCCCUACGAGUGUCUGCGUCAGUCAUGCUGCGUCAUCAUAGCGACCAUGAACAAGAUGGCCACUGCCAUGCAGGAGGGAGAGUACGACGCCGAGCGGCCUCACCCCAAGGCUCCGCCCCCUGUCGAGCUGCGGGCGGCGGCUCUCCGUGCGGAAAUGACGGACGCGGAAGGUUUGGGGAUGAAGCUGGAGGACAGAGAGACGGUCAUCAAGGAGCUCAAGAAGUCACUCAAGAUUAAGGGCGAAGAACUGAGCGAGGCCAACGUGCGGCUGAGCCUGCUGGAGAAGAAGCUGGACAGCUCGUCCAAAGAUGCAGACGAGCGCGUGGAGAAAAUCCAAACCCGACUGGAUGAAGCUCACAACCUCCUCAAGAAGAAAGAGAAGGACUUUGAGGAGACGAUGGACGCCUUGCAGGCCGACAUUGACCAGCUUGAGGCGGAGAAGGCCGAGCUCAAGCAACGUGUCGGCGGACAGGCCAAGACAGCCGGUGACGGGCCGAGGGACAGCGGCCCGCCUGGACUUGAAGCAAACCUGUCGGGCGCGGGCAUCCAGGUGGUGGACUCACCGCUGUUGACUCAUCAGCUGGAAGCUCAGCGGCUCUGCAUCAAGCAGUUGAAGAACCAAAACAACUGGUUGAAGGCGGAGAAAAUGCGCAGCCAGCUGGCGGCGCUGCCACCAUUGCGGGUCACCAAGCUGCCAUCCAGGGACGGGCCCGCGCCUUUCUCCGGCGCCCUCUACAGGAAGACGGACCAGCUGCUGGAGACCCUGCUGCAGAUGAGCGCUAACGUCAAAGUGGUCGACAUUACAGGGAAAUGUCCCGUGACGCCGAGCGCUCAGCUUCUGGAGCAGACGGCUCGCUUGCAGUCGCUGCGAGACACGCUCGACAGGCUCAAGGGCGAGGUGGCCGAACACGUGGUCAAGCAGCAGCCCGGCGCCAGGGUGUCUUCCGACUUUGCCACCUUUCCCUCCGCCUCCUUCGUUAAGGCCAAGGAAGAGAAUGCAGGCUCAUGCGUGGUGGGCCGGGUGAUGGUUCCAUGUCCUCGAGGUCAGGAGCAGGUCCACCGUGUGCUCCUGACACAGCGUCAGCUUCACCAUGUCCACAGCCUCCUCUUGCGCAAUUGAGCUUCCUCUUCAUCUUUCUCAUCCUUAUGCUCGCCUGGAGCAGGCCAGCAGCUUUUGCGCCUCUUGGCUUAUUGUGUGAGCUUGUUAGACCAGAGUACAAAUGUGGAUCUUUCUUUUUUUUUUUCCAAGCUAAGUUUGCACAUUAGCGCAUCAAAACAAAGUUAGUGUUAGCUGACUGCGUUUCUGUGACACCUCCAGUCUUUUUGUUGCAACAACCAGAAAUGUCCAAGUGGACGUCCUCAUGGAGUUUGCACUUUGUCCAUAAUUUUUUUUAAAUGAUUUCAUUGGAAGGUAGCACAGUCUGCCCCAAGAAUCUCUGGCCUUACUAUGUUCUGGCCUUCCUAUGUGGCAACUCCAAAAUGACAUUUUUAUUGUUUUUCGCUGUAACAAAAAAAAAUAUUUGGAGCUGUUUGCGUGUGUGCGUGUACUGUACCAUACUUACGCAAGCCGCUGAUCAAUAAACCCUAACCCUCAGCA